CCACCCACACGGUUGGUGGGCGUGGCCGUGGCCGUGGCGUGCGACCACCUAGCUACCUGGCUUUUCUUGCAGCGCAUCGACCAUCCACGGGUUGCAUGCGCAGCGCAGCGGACAUGGAGAAGCUCGGCGCGAACCCGGCCAACUCCUGCCCGCUCACGCCGCUCGGCUUCCUGGAGCGCGCGGCCACCGUGUUCGGCGGCUGCCCCUCCGUCGUCUACCGCGGCACCGUCUUCACCUGGUCCCAGACCUACCGCCGCUGCCUCCGCCUCGCCUCCGCGCUUUCCUCCCUCGGCAUCUCCCGCCUCGACGUCGUGUCCGUGCUGCUGCCGAACGUGCCGGCCAUGUACGAGGCGCACUUCGGCGUGCCAAUGAGCGGCGCCGUGCUCAACACCAUCAACACGCGCCUCGACGCGCGCACGGUCGCCGUCCUGCUCCGCCACUCCGGCUCCAGGCUCGUCCUCGUCGACCAGGCUCUGCUCCCGCUGCUCGACGACGCGCUCCGGCUCCUCCCGACGGAGCACCCGGCCCCGCGCGUCGUGCUCGUCGAGGAUCCCCACGAGAAGGAUCAGCUCCGUCCGGCGCCGGCCACGGAUCUGACGUACGAGAGGCUCCUCGAGACGGGCGAUCCGGAGUUCAAGUGGGUCCGGCCGACCAGCGAGUGGAACCCGAUGAUUCUCAACUACACCUCCGGCACGACGGCUGCGCCCAAGGGGGUCGUGCACUGCCACCGCGGUAUCUUCUUGGUGACCAUGAUGUCGCUCGUGGACUGGGCGGUGCCGCCGCGGCCGACGUUUCUGUGGACGCUGCCCAUGUUCCACGCCAAUGGGUGGAGCUUCCCUUGGGGGAUGGCCGCGCUGGGCGGCACGAAUGUCUGCCUCCGCCGGGUCGACGCCCCGAGCGUCUACUCUGCCAUUGCAGACCACAGGGUCACGCACCUCUGUGGCGCGCCCGUCGUGCUUGCAAUGCUGGCCAACGCGCCGGAGGGUGUGCGCAAGCCUCUGCAUAGGAAGGUGCGGAUCAUGACGGCCGGAUCGCCGCCGCCGGCCGCGGUGCUGCAUCGCGUGGAGGCCAUGGGCUUUGAGGUCAGCCAUGGGUACGGGCUGACAGAGACUGGAGGCCACGUCGUGUCGUGCGCGUGGAAGGGCGAGUGGAACAAGCUGCCGGCGUCGGAGCGCGCGCGGCUCAAGGCGAGGCAGGGCGUGCGCACGCCUGGCAUGGCGGAGGUCGACAUCGUGGACGUGGAGACCGGCUGCAGCGUGCCCCGGGAUGGCGCCACCAUGGGCGAGAUCGUGCUCCGCGGCGGGUGCGUCAUGCUUGGGUACCUCAAGGACGGCGAGGCGACAAAGGCGGCGAUCCGGGACGACGGGUGGUUCUACACGGGGGACGUGGGCGUGAUGCACCCGGACGGUUACCUCCAGAUCCGCGACCGGUCCAAGGACGUGAUCAUCAGCGGCGGCGAGAACAUCAGCAGCGUGGAGGUGGAAUCCAUGCUCUACGGCCACCCAGCAGUGAGCGAGGCGGCGGUGGUGGCGCGGCCGGACGAGUUCUGGGGGGAGACACCGUGCGCGUUCGUGAGCCUGAAGGACGGCGCGGCAGGCGUGGUGACCGCGGCCGAGGUGAUCGCGUGGAGCCGGGAGCGCAUGGCGGGGUAUAUGGUGCCCAAGACCGUGGUGUUCCGCGGCGAGCUGCCCAAGACGUCCACCGGCAAGGUCCAGAAGUACGUGCUCCGGAAGCUCGCCCGGGAGAUGGGCCCCAUUCGCAGGGGUAGCAGCAGCAGCAAGAUGUAGGGUACGGCAUGGCAAUGGGCAAAGGGUUUUGUCUCUGAAUUUUGAUCCCUUUUCCUUUGUGUGUGGGCAAGGUGCUACUCUACAACAUUUUUCGCAUCAUUAUCAUGUUUUGUAAAGGCGUUGACAUGGUGGACUGCUUUUCA